AGGCAGACGGCAGAAAAACCUGGAAAGACUUGCAUGGAUCGAUGCUGAGGGAAAUGAGCAGAAAUAAGAACAUCAUACAUACUAACAGCAUACUGUGCGAUGGCUGACUCUGAUAGACUUGGCUAUUCUCAGCACCGCAAGGAUCUAAGGCAACUCCAAAAGACCCUGCCCUCAAGGAGCUUACAUUGUAACCGGGGAAGGCAACACAAUUUUUUUUUUUCAUCCAAGUUCAAUAGCCUCCAGAAAUCUGCCCAGCGAGGUUAAGAACCACACCCACACCGGGAGCGCGGCUUCGUUGCCCUGGUAACAAGUCCUUCCCCCUCCGCGGCGCCAGGCGACACGCACACGACGCGCAUGCGCAGGAGCGCAGUACGGUGGGAGGCUCUGCAGGGUGCGGGUCGACCCCCGUUUGCCGUCACAGACCGACCCCGGGAGAGCCAUGGCGGCGGCGAAGGAGGCGCUGUGUAGCUUCGUGCGUCCGCUGGAAAAACGGGACGGGACGGUGCUGCGGCUGCAGCAGUACGGCUCAGGCGGCGUGGGCUGUGUGGUGUGGGACGCCGCCAUCGUCCUGGCCAAGUACCUGGAGACGCAGCAUUUCUUGGGCGCCGCCGCUGGGACACACGCGCUGCGCCAGAGAUCCGUGCUGGAGCUGGGAGCCGGCACCGGCGCCGUGGGGCUCAUGGCGGCCACCCUCGGGGCAGAUGUUAUACUCACAGAUCUGGAGGAACUACAGGACUUGCUUAAGUUGAAUAUUAAAAUGAACGAGCAUCUCAUUACUGGUUCUGUAGAAGCCAAGGUACUGAAAUGGGGCGAAGAAAGAAAAGACUGUUUCUCUCCACCUGAUUACAUAUUGAUGGCCGAUUGUAUAUACUAUGAAGAGUCUUUGGAGCCAUUGCUAAAGACUCUAAAGGAUCUCAGUGGGCCUGAGACCUGCAUCAUAUGUUGUUAUGAACAACGAACUAUGGGGAAAAAUCCAGAAAUAGAGAAAAAGUAUUUUGAGCUCCUCCAGUUGGAUUUUGACUUGGAAAAGAUUCCUUUGGAGAAACAUGAUGAAGAAUACCGGAGUGAAGAUAUUCAUAUUUUAUACCUCAGAAAGAAAAAAUGAAAUUACAGCGUUGAAACCCUUCAUCAUUUUGUCCAAGUUUGCAACAACUAGAUAAGCUAAACAUGUGAAUUGGGCUUAUAAGAAUAGCAUGAAAAAGUUUUCAUCACAUAUUUUCAUGGCUUAUCAGAGACAUUGGAUUUGAAUGAUAGAAAUAGAAACAUGGGUGCUACUUUGAAUUCUUAGAAGAAUUCUACUAAAAGUCAACCAAUGUGACCUGCCAGCAUUCCUAAAGAUAUUCCAUUCCCUGCAUGUUGGAUGAGACUUAAUUGUAACCAGAGUUGUUGUUUGACCCAACAUGAAAUUCUGUUUUAAAGACGUGGAUAAUGUGUUGGAAAAAAUUAUAUGCUAAAACAAUAACUUGUUGUGCUUUCAAGAAACUGAAGAGCGUUGAUUUUUACUUCUUGAAGGGACAAUUUUUAAGCCUCAUAUCUGUACUUCAGAUUGUAUUCAAUCUAGAUAAAUGUAAAAGAGGAUCUCAUGAGUUUGAGUUUUGUCUGUAACAAAGCCAGCAGUCUUUGUUUUACAUAUAUUUCCUUUGUAAUUACAUUUUAAGAUAGGUUUAAUACUUGAAAAUGUCUCCUUGGUUCAAAUGAAAACUAAGCAGUUUCACAUUUGUUUUUAUAAAACAAAAUUUUUUGUUACUGUAAAUUUGAGAAAUAUAAACAUUUCCUUAUACAAAGAAGUACAGAAAAAGAGGAUUGUUUAUGACACUGUGAAACUUGAUUGUGUUGAUAGUUAUUUUUAAAUAUAAAACAUGGUAGUUCCAACACUACCCUGCAUGUCUGUAUCUGCUUCUGAAACUUUUUCUCUAUUUUAUGUAUUUUUUUCAAUGUUUCAUUAAUGUUCUUUUCAGUUCUUUUCUUUUUUUGAUAUCACUACCUCUCCAUCCCCCCACUAAUUAAUUAAAUACAUUCAAUGUUA